AUGUUGGACCGGUUAAGGCUCAUGGGUCUAGUCCACCUGUUGACGCACUUGGGCUGCGGGGCAAGCGGCCCCCCGGCCCCGGCGCGGCAUCGCCUCGCGGCUACGACGCAGGGUGCAGUCAGGGGGUACUACGCGCGCCGCCCGCCGCACUAUGCCUACCGCGGGGUGCCCUACGCCCGCCCGCCCACCGCGUUCGACAGGUUUAAGCAAUCGCUCGGUAUGCCUAUAACGGUACAAAAUCGGGACAUUCUGUGCUCACAGGCGCCAGAGCCGCCACCUCCAUGGAGCGGCAUCUUCGAGGCGACUCACCGCGUCAAGUGUCCUCAGCCCGAUGGCUCUGGCGAGGAGAACUGCCUGGUGGUCAACGUGUUCACUCCGGAGCACGCCGCGUCGCAGCCAGUCAUUGUGCACUUCCAUGCUGGAGGAUUUCAACAGGGAUGGGGUCUUCAUAAUGCUCCUAGAAGACUUCUCGAACAAGGCUUCGUAUUUGUAACUUUCAAUUACCGUCUUGGAGUACUGGGUUUUCUGUGCCUUGGCUUGCCAGAUGUACCAGGCAACGCUGGUAUUAAAGACCAAGUGGCAGCAUUGUACUGGGUCAACAGAAAUAUUCAGCAGUUUGGAGGUAACCCGGCAGAUGUGACAGCUUAUGGUACAGGAUCUGGAGCAAUGUCCAUAGAGCUCUUAUUAUUUUCUGGAUUAACUAAAGACCUCUUUCACAAAGUUAUACUGGAAUCAGGCUCUGCAUUAUCACCAUCGGCUGUUUCACAUGAACCAGUGUUAAAUGCAUUUAACUUGGCAAAAGAUUUGGGCUACAAAGAUGAACCAGAACAUGUGCUUUUACAAGAGUUUUUCUACAAAGUUUCAUAUAAAAAAACUGUGAAUACAUCAACAAAUUUCUUGCCAUGUAUUGAGACUCAAUACUCUAUUAACAGUUUAUUAGACAAAGAUCCGAGAGAAUAUUUGAAAAGUGGCAAAUAUCAGAAAGUUCCAAUGAUAGUUAUUUAUACAAAUGCAGAAGAGAUUUCAAUAAUUGCUGAUAACACUGACAGAUUUAAUGUUAUACCAGAAUAUUUUGACAAUUUACUCCCUAACAACUUAAUAUUUGACAAUGAAAAGAUGAGAAAUAAAGUUGCAUCCAUAGUUAAGGAUUCUUAUUUUGAUGACCUUGGGUUAACAGAAAGUGUAGUUCAAAGUUAUGUUGGAUAUGUUAACGAUAUAUUUAUGGAGUAUCCAGUCGUAAAAUCAGCUGCAAACCAUGCAAAUAACAAAAACUUAGUAUUUCUAAUGAAAUUUCUAUAUAAAGGAAGGCAGAGUAAUAAUAAACAUGCCAAUAUUCCUGGUGCGGGUUUCGGAGAUGUGUUUAAGUAUAUUAUUGCUAACCAGUUGGAAGAUUAUGAUGAAAUUAUUGCAGAAAUAUUGAUGAAUAUGUGGAAUAAUUUUAUAAAAUUGGGAGACCCAACACCACUGACUACUCUCCUAAUACCUGAAGUAUGGCAGCCGUUGGUACCUAGAGUGGUUGACAGCAAAAUUGUUCUGCGUAACAUCCCAUGCCUGAUGUUUAGACAAACUAUGACCAAUGGACUACUUUCCAGCCAACAGUUGAUGUUUUGGGAUCGCAUUUAUGACAAGUUUUAUACAAAUGCAUCAGAUUAAAUAAAAUGAUUAAAUACACGCUAGUUUAUUAGUAGACCUAAUCAGUUCAUAAUAUAGAACCACAUUUAGUACACAGCCAAAAACAUAAGACACAAACUAAUUAAGGAAUAUUAAGUAGCAAUUAAGUUGGGAGUGUGGGUUUUUUGACGUCUUGUGAUAAAUAUGCGAGUCUCGCGUGUAUUAUGUCAUGUCGAUCGAAUGUUCUUUAACUAAAGCGGAUCUUUAAAAGCGCAAGAACUAGACCAGUAAAAGUCGUCAUAGCUUCAAAUCUAGUAACUUAAAUGAUAAAGGAGAAGUUUAAAUGUAAUUCGUACCCAAUAAAUGUGUUCAAUAUCAUAAGAAAUGCUGUAAAUGACGUCCUCAAAAACAA